AUGUCGCUUUUAGCAAAAAGCGAUUCGAUUCAGAUUCGAGAGGUGUGGAAUGACAAUCUGGAAGAAGAAUUCGCAUUGAUUCGUAAUAUCGUUGAUGAUUUUCCUUACAUAGCAAUGGACACCGAGUUUCCUGGAAUCGUUCUUCGUCCGGUUGGUAAUUUCAAAAACAGCAACGAUUAUCAUUACCAGACAUUAAAAGACAACGUCGACAUGCUGAAAUUGAUUCAACUAGGGCUAACGUUCUCCGACGAAGAAGGUAAUUUACCAACCUGCGGAACGGAUAAACAGUGUAUAUGGCAAUUCAAUUUCCGGGAAUUCAAUGUGAAUGAAGAUGUUUUUGCAAACGAUUCCGUUGAGCUUUUGAGAGAGAGCGGCAUAGAUUUCAAGAAAAACAACGAAACGGGAAUCAAUGCACGGAGAUUCGGGGAACUGUUGAUGUCGUCAGGCAUUGUUUUGAAUGAUAGUGUGUAUUGGGUAACCUUCCACUCUGGUUAUGAUUUUGGUUAUUUGUUGAAGGUGUUGACAUGCAAGAAUCUUCCCGAUACACAAUCAGGGUUCUUCAAUUUGAUUAAUAUGUAUUUUCCAACCAUAUACGACAUCAAGCAUUUGAUGAAGUUCUGUAACAGUCUUCAUGGAGGUUUGAACAAGCUUGCUGAACUAUUGGAGGUUGAAAGAAUUGGGAUUUGUCAUCAAGCAGGUAAAACAAGGAGGAUUAGAAUCUCCAAUAAAAAGUAUUAA